CAGAGAGCACACACGGCAAUGAUGGCGGCGUUCAGGGUGGCCCACAGCAGCAGCGGACUGAUAAACGGGUUGAGGACGUCUUUCAGGAGUUUUGCGGCAGUGAAACAUGGCGCAGUCACUGCCGCAAUGGCGCAGACCACCCUGCAACGGGACUGCCGCCGGUACUCUGUCAGCCACCUGUCCGUUAAGGAGAGGAUUGACAUUAAACGGAAGGCGGCGCUGAUCGGGGGAGGUCAGCAGAGAAUAGAUGCACAACACAAAAGGGGUAAGCUGACAGCCAGGGAGCGAGUGGAGCUUCUGUUGGACCCUGAGUCCUUUGUGGAGUCUGACAUGUUCGUGGAGCAUCGCUGCUCUGAUUUCGGCAUGGAGCAGGACAGGAACAAGUUCCCGGGUGACAGCGUGGUGACAGGCCGAGGCAGGAUCAAUGGCAGGCUGGUUUAUGUGUUCAGUCAGGUACAGUGUGCAGUUAUACUGGUACUACUACUAAGAAUCCUACAUUUUGGCAAUAUCCAGCAGCUUGACUUCACCUGUGUAAUAUUGUUUCCAUCUUGCCCUUUUGGUUUACCUCAGGACUUCACAGUGUUUGGUGGCAGUCUGUCUGGAGCUCACGCACAGAAGAUCUGUAAGAUUAUGGACCAGGCCAUGACAGUUGGAGCCCCGGUCAUCGGGUUGAAUGACUCUGGAGGAGCUCGAAUCCAGGAGGGAGUGGAGUCUCUGGCUGGAUAUGCAGAUAUAUUCCUGAGGAACGUGAUGGCUUCAGGAGUCGUCCCCCAGAUCUCCCUCAUCAUGGGUCCCUGUGCAGGAGGAGCUGUCUACUCCCCCGCCCUGACAGAUUUCACCUUCAUGGUUAAGGACACAUCAUACCUGUUUAUCACAGGACCUGAUGUUGUGAAGUCUGUCACUAAUGAAGAUGUGACUCAAGAGGAGCUUGGUGGAGCCAAAACGCAUACCACUGUGUCAGGAGUGGCUCACCAUGCUUUUGAUAAUGACGUCGAGGCCUUGCUCAACUUGCGAGAGUUCUUCAACUUCCUGCCGCUAAGCAAUCAGGACCCCGCCCCCAUCAGGGAGUGCCACGACAGCAGUGAUCGUCUGAUACCUGCAUUGGACACCAUCGUCCCGUUUGAGACAACCAAAGCCUAUGACAUGUUGGACAUCAUUCAAGCAAUAGUAGAUGAGAGCGACUUCUUUGAGAUCAUGCCCAACUACGCCAAAAACAUUGUGGUGGGAUUUGCCCGCAUGAAUGGACGCACUAUCGGCAUUGUGGGUAACCAGCCCAAAGUUGCUUCUGGUUGUUUGGACAUCAACUCUUCAGUGAAGGGAGCCCGCUUCGUACGCUUCUGUGAUGCUUUCAAUAUUCCCAUCAUCACCUUUGUGGAUGUUCCGGGCUUCCUGCCAGGUACCGCUCAGGAGUACGGAGGCAUCAUCAGACACGGCGCCAAACUGCUGUACGCCUUUGCAGAGGCCACUGUCCCAAAAAUCACCAUCAUCACAAGAAAGGCUUACGGGGGAGCCUAUGAUGUGAUGAGCUCCAAACACUUGAGGGGAGACGUGAACUACGCCUGGCCCACAGCUGAGGUUGCUGUCAUGGGCGCCAAGGGUGCUGUGCAGAUUAUUUUCAGAGGAAAGGAGAACCAGGCGGAGGCAGAGGCUGAAUACGUGGAGAAGUUUGCUAACCCCUUCCCAGCUGCUGUCAGAGGUUUUGUGGAUGACAUCAUCGAGCCGGCGACCACUCGCAAGAGGAUCUGCAGAGAUCUGGAGGUGCUGGCCAGCAAGAAGCAGGUCAACCCCUGGAAGAAACACGCCAACAUUCCUCUGUAAAACACACCCAAACUGUUUCCACAUUAACACUAUCUAAAGGCACUCGCUGUGGGAUUUUCCUGAUACGGACUUUGCAUUCAGAUGAACUGCAGUGGUAAGCUGUGAUGACCACUUGGGUAGUCUUCCAAGCAGAUGUUUGUUUUAUCUGUACCUCUUCGCUGAAAGCAGCACAUAAAGAUAGACUUCCUGAUUUUGUAUGUGUCUAAUAGCAGUCCCAAAUUUUGAGCCCUUCCAGCUCAUCGAUUAUGUUUUGAACAAAAACUGUGUUAGAACAUAAACCUUGAGCUUUUGGGGAUUUGGGGGAAAUAUUGGUGCUCUGUAAUCAAAAUCAGUAUCUGUAUCUUCACAACUUUGCCACUGAAACAGAAGAUAUUAAGAGGAAAUUCCGAACACAUUUUACAGUACCUGAACAAAAGAUGGUGUUCACACAAAUUUACUGUAAUUUUCAUUUCAGUAGUGGCCAUAUUGGUCACUACUGAUGAUUUUACAUUUUAAGCACAUGUAUCUGAAAGGAUAGAUAACGCAUCACCGAUAAAAUGCUAUAGAAAAACCACAGGCAACUAACUGUCAACAUGAUGGUAUUAUGCAAACAUGCUGUCGUCUCUUGCCAUGUACAGUGUUUCCAAAGUUGUUUAUGUAUUGUAUUUAGUUGAGGUUUCUGGUGUGUUAAGUAGUUUGCGCUUCAGAUGCACUCCCUGUGUUUGAUGUCCUCCGUUAAGGUCAAGAAAAAGUCAUCCUUACAACCUUGAACUGUGCCUUUCCUCUGGCAGGCUCUGCUCUGCCAUUUGUAAAAUAAAUCAUAGACUCCA